AUGCCCCAGGCAGAACUUGGAAUUCAGGUGUGCACCACCUGCAGGCUGAGGGGCUCUGUGAGCAGGUGCUGCUCACACAGGGAGUUCAGGCGCCAGCCAAGCCCCUGUGCUGCUGGGAUAGGCCUGCUUCACUUAGGGAGCGCUGCCUCAAGGCAGGUAAAGCCCCCUUGUUUGCCCCGACCCCCAUGGGGGCCUCUCAGGAGAGAAACUCCUGUUCACCCCUUUCCCGGGGCGCUCUCUCUCUCUAGGUGGCAUGCUAGCCCCCAAACACAGGUGGCUUUUGGGCCCAGGUGGGUCAGCCUGCUGCCCCUGCCCCAUACCCUCUCAGGCCAUUGGGACCCCUGCCCUUCAGAUGUCCUAGGGUCUAGGAGUGGGGCCAGUCACUGUGGGAAGAGGCCAGGGGCUUGGCCGGAGAGGCAGCCCAGGGCAGGACCCAGUCCUGAGUCCUGGAGCAGGGCCAGGGAGGCGCCCACCCCGCCCCGGCCAGCCGCCCUCUCUGCUGUUUUUUCUAUUUGUUCUUCUUUUCACCCACAGCCCUGUGUUCCUGUCAUCCCUCCUUUCAGCAAAAGUCCUGUUCCCGUUCCCUCUGUCCCCACCCACUCCUGUUCCCCAAGAAAAUAA